AUGUGGAGUCGCCUCGCCGCUGCUGUGCUCCGCUCUCACCGGCCGCUCCUCUUCGCUACAGCGGGGACUCGGAGCUCCGCGGGGCCGCAGAAGGGCGCCAUGCAGACAGCCGUGGUGCGGUGUGUCCCCGGGGAGCCCAAACUCACCGUGUCCUUCUGCCUGGACGGGAGCCACAAACACAUGCUCCGCGAUCAGGACGAGCCCGUGGGGAAAGUGCUAGCACGCAUCGGAAACAACCUCCUCAAGAACCAGGGCAAAGGUAAGAAGAAGAAGAAGAAGUGUGAUGAGCCCAGUGACGGCGCACAGUCCUCGGCCACAGAGGUGCGGCUGCUGCUGGACGAGACUCCGGUGGAGGAGUCCGUGUUGAACCGCGAGGCCUGGAGGGAUGGAGCCGUGCUGUGCGUGGGGGGCGUCCGGUACGCGGUGCUGAGGAACGCUCCCACCUUCACCUCCGCAGAGCUGCCCCGGUCGCUCAUGGCCGGCUUCCCCGUCUGCCCCAAACUACAGCUGGAGUUUGGGAACAUGGACGACUGCGAGUUCACCUGGCUCAAGGAAACCAGUGCAGGUUCAGGAGAGACGUGGCAGGAGGUGGGUUCUGGUCGGGUUUUCGUCCCCUCGAAUGAAGACAUCGGGAGCAGACUCCAACUGCGCUGUUCCCCCAAAGACAGAGAGAAAAGUGGUUUGGUCAAAGAGCUGCAGUCAGAGGGCGCUAUCGAGGCCGGACCAGGGACCUGCACCUUUGACACCCGACAUCUGUUCACGGGGACACAGACGCAGUGGCCGGAGCUCAGAGUCGUGUCCUAUAACAUUUUAGCCGAUGUUUACGCUCAGACUGAACUCUCUAAAACCGUCCUGUACCCGUACUGCGCCCCCUACGCCCUGGAGUUGGACUACAGGAUCAACCUGAUCAGGAAGGAGCUGGCCGGGUACAACGCCGACCUCAUCUGCCUCCAGGAGGUUGACAAGGGAGUUUUUGAGGACUGUCUGAUCCCUGCGAUGGAUGCCUUCGGAUUUGAGGGAGUUUUCAGAAUCAAGGAGAAACAGCACGAAGGACUGGCCACGUUCUAUCGCAGGUCUCGGUUCCGCUUACUGAGUUCUCACGAUGUGGUUCUGAGCGAGGCUUUGUGCUCAGACCCGCUGCACUCAGACUUGCUCCACAAUCUGAGUUCCAGGCCGGACCUAAAGGAGAAAAUCCUAAAGAGGUCCACGGCUCUGCAAGUGUCCGUCCUCCAGGACCUGGUUCAGCCCGAGCGCUCCCUCUGCGUGGCCAACACCCACUUAUACUGGCACCCGACAGGUGGGAACACGCGCCUGGUGCAGAUGGGCGUGGCUCUUACACACCUGGGUCAUGUGAUCGGCUCGGUCUCACCUGGAGCCGCUCUGGUCUUCUGCGGAGACUUCAACUCCACUCCACACUCAGGUGUGUUUGAGCUGUUGACGCACUCCUCCAUCGCCCAGUCCCACCCAGACUGGCUCAGCUCUGGUCCGGACCAUCACUGCCCCAUGGACCUGGCCUCUCCGUUUCCCCCUUUGCUCAGCGCCUGUGGAACCCCUCCAUACACAAACUAUGUGGGAGGAUUCAAAGGCUGCUUGGACUACGUCUACAUCCAGCCGGACCACAUGGAGGUGGCGCAGGUGAUCCCGCUACCGUCUCAUGAGGAGGUGACCACAUAUGAAGCUCUGCCCAGUGUCUCUCACCCGUCUGACCACAUCGCUUUAGUCUGUGACCUGCUCUGGAGCCCGCAGAAUAAACUAUAA